AUGAGUUCCUGGAGUCUGCGGGACUACCGGCUCUUCCUUUGGCUGGCUUUGCCAUCCCUCGUGCUUGGACAAUCUCAUCCGGAAUGUGAUUCCCUGAUAGAAUGGAAGAAAAACGAAACGGAUUGUCUAAGGCAGAUUCACCAGCACGGCAAUGAAACUGCAGGUUGCAAGAGAAUAUGGGACCGGUUACUGUGCUGGCCUGAGACGAGUCCGGGACAAACGCUCACUUUUACCUGCCCGGGGAUUCUCCUUCACUUCACAAAGCAGCCAGGCACGAUUAAGAGAAGCUGCACAGCUCAAGGCUGGUCCGAGCCAUUUCCACCGUAUGCCAUCGCUUGCCCAAUGGAAGAUGAGGUGACUCUCAGUGAACUCUCCUACUGGUCCACCAUCAAAACCAUCUACACGGUGGGUUACAGCAUCUCUACUACCUCUCUUGCAAUGGCCAUCACAAUCCUUGUCGCGUUCAGGAGACUCCGUUGCCCGAGAAACUAUAUUCAUAUCCAGCUGUUUAUCACCUUCAUCCUGAAGGCCAUUUCUGUCUUCAUUAAGGAUGCGGUUCUCUUCCAGACUGAAAACAUGGAAGAUUGCAGCAUUUCCACAACAGAGUGCAAGAUCUCUAUGGUUUUCUGUCACUUCUUCACGAUGACCAACUUCAUGUGGCUGUUGGUGGAGGCUCUGUAUCUCAACUGCUUGCUGCUCUCGUCUUUUCCCCACGGAAGACGCUACUUCUGGUGGCUCGUUCUCUUCGGCUGGGGUGUUCCAACCUUCUUUAUAAUACUAUGGAUCUUACUUAAGGUGCAUUUUGAAGACAAUCUGUGCUGGGACGCCAACCAAGGUUCUCCUUACUGGUGGCUCAUCAAAGGACCCAUUAUCCUUUCGGUCGGGGCCUGCUUUGUUCUUUUUAUCAACAUCAUCCGCAUCCUCCUGAAAAAGCUGGACGCGAGACAAAUCAAUUUCAACAACUCCUCCCUAUACAGGCGUCUCUCUAAGUCGACGCUGCUUCUCAUCCCCUUAUUUGGAACCCACUACAUCAUUUUCAACUUUCUUCCCUAUUCCAUCGUGGGAAUCCGUCUGUACUUGGAGCUCUGUAUUGGUUCGUUCCAGGGCUUCCUUGCAGCGGUCUUAUACUGUUUCCUAAAUCAUGAGGUGCAGGCGGAAAUUUGUCGGAAAUGGCGUGGCAGCAGUUAUGGAUUUGCCGUGAUGUGGAGGAGGAGGACGACGAGGUGGACCAUGCCCUCGAGUUCUGGAAUCAAAAUGACAGCCUCUGUAUGCAAAGGAUAACCAAUAAAGAAAGGCACCCCGGAGUUCAAGGGUGUGUGGAAAUCCCCCCCGAUUCGUCAACGUGCUUUGAUGGGUGAUUCCCACACCCAUCUAAAUCUCUUCAA